CCUGAACUCCGUCCCUCCUAUAGAAUGCCUUCUUCCCCCUGUACAAAACAAAACGAAUCCCUUCUUCCCAACCAUCUAUACCUCUCGCUGGAUCACAUAGCAAGCGAAGUACGCGAAGGAGAUGCAACAGGCGAUCCCGUACAGCAAGGGGGCGGCGUGGGUCCGGCGGAGCAACGACGGGAGGAGGCCGCCGGUGGAGCCGGCGGCGAUGGCGGCUCGGUGCGUCGCCAGCAGCGGCGACAUAAGGAGGGUGGUGGAGGAGAACCCAGUGGUGGUGGUGGGGCGGCGAGGGUGCUGCAUGGUCCACGUGGUGAGGAGGCUGCUGCUGGGGCAGGGGGUGAAUCCGACGGUGUGCGAGGUCGGGGAGGACGCCGACGAGGCCGCGCUUAUCGGAGAGCUGCACCCAGAGAUGGCCGCGGAAGGCGGCGACGGUGGGGCCCACCUUCGGGGGCAGGGGAUGGUGCUGCCGGCGGUGUUCAUCGGGGGGAGGCUGGUUGGGGGACUGGACCGGCUCAUGGCCGUGCACAUCUCCGGCGAGCUCGUCCCGAUCUUAAAGCAAGCCGGCGCGUUAUGGCUCUGAAUCCUGGCCGUCAUUUCGUUUUUGGAGUCACACUUUCUCUCUGUUCGUUCUUCCUCUUAUGCUCAUUUACGUGUAGUUCACGGCUUGAUAGGUAGGAAACGAUUGGGUGUGCGUCUGCCACAUCUCGCUAGUGGUAUCUAUGUAUGUCUGUGGGCCAGAUGGGCGUGGGAAUUGUAACCCAGUGCAAGACUCACAUAGAAUUAGUUACAAUUUUUUUUUUUUUCCAGUUUUUGUUGCAAAGCAAUGUUUAAUUUUGAUAAGUUAUCUAUGCUCUGCGCUUGCAAUUAUAAAGAAGGUGCAGAAGAGGGAGCUCUUAAAUGGGGUGCUCUUUUAUACACUUGCGCUGGCACUAGAGAUGUUUAUUGUUAUCACUGCAACACCAGUGCUAUAUUUUUGU